GCUGCCUUAUAAAAUCCAUUACAAAGUUCACCAUCCUCUGUUGCCUCCUGAUAUACCUGUAGCCUGCAAAACAAUUUCCCCCCAAACUUGCUUAAGUUAGAGAAACAAACUAGAAGCUGACAGUCUCAGGCCCUUCUUUCUAAUAACGUUAACCUGCCUUCACUACUAAAUAUGGCUUUAUUAUACACAUACACACACCCUUGACCACCAAAGACUGCCUCUUCCUGAAAUCCCUCGUUCAUAUAAAUACAGGAAGUAGAAAUAAGAGAGGCUAAAAUCAGACCUUCUUGGUAGUUUGCUUUCAUUUCAGUGCUUGUUUAGUCCGCUGCCCUCCGAUACUACGGAGCCCGAAGCUGGUUUUAAACAUCCUCCCCCUGCUGCCCCUUAAAAUAUCAUCUUCUUCAGUGCAAAACCUAAGGAUGCGUAAUUUCUACUCAGCGAUGGAACGGAAUUGCUUUCUUCAGCAAGGAACUCUAAAGCCACUGUGAAACAGAAAGUGCCUUAAAGUUUGCUGUAAUGAUGAAAACAUCAGCAGGAGACAAGGGAGCCAGGGAUGACUCAGGCCCAAUCAACGACCCUGGCGAAGAGGGAGAAGAGACACAGCUCUGUCAAGCCAUUGCCCUGCGAAACUGCCUCUCACUUCCAGGAAUCAGCAUCCUUGAUAAACUCAUCAAAACCUGCCCCGUCUGGCUUCAGCUGAACAUGAACCAAGAAAGGGCUGGGGCGAUACUUGGCAAAGAAACAGCAGGGAUAUUCUUGGUUAGGAAAGAGGGUAAUGUGAACAACAUGGUCCUUGCAGUCCGCCUGCCAGCCCAAAAUGAGGCUCCUGACGUGCUGGAGUACAAUAUUAAAGAAGAAAAAUCGAUUCUGUACCUGGAAGGAUCUGUCCUGGUGUUUGAGGACGUCUUCAAGCUCGUUGCCUUCUACUGCGUCAGUAGGGAUUUGCUGCCCUUCACCCUGAAGCUACCACAAGCAAUAUUAGAAGCCAGUAGCUUUCAAGAUCUUGAAAUUGUCUCUAGUCUGGGAAUAGAUUUCUGGGAUUCCUCCUUAAACCACAGAAGAAGAGGGGGGAUAUCCCACCCUGCAAAAGCCUCUGCUCUCAGCACGGCCGAGGCAGACAGUUUAAGAUCUACCCAGUGUUUUGCAAGUAGCACAAACCACUGCUCAUGUGAAAUUGAGCUGUCAAUAGGAAAUGACAGGCUGUGGUUCGUGAAUCCUAUUUUUAUAGAAGAGUGCAGUAAUCCUUUUCCUCCAGAUGUACUGCCUCCUAAAAGCCAUGCUGUGAGCACCGAUCUCCCCCCUGUCACCACACUCUCUGAAAAGAGGUCUCCACGCCGCCCCCCACCACCUCCACCUUCUCACGGUCAUGCUCUGAAAUCCUCUCUGAAGCUCCGCCAGGACCCCAUGACUGCCUGUGAAGAAAACCAGCUGCUUCUUCAGCCACUGGGAAAGGCCAUCAAGGAAAUGAGAAUUGAGGGCGGUGACAGUAAAGAAGAAGAAGGGAAGCAAAGCUGCUCAGUCAAGGAACCAUUGGCACCGAGCCCCAAGAAGUGCUCCCAGCCCUCCAUCCCCCCGCGGAGGCGACUGUCUGAGAGGACCUCGGAUGAGAGUUGUGUGGGUAAGCCUGGAAGUUGUGAAACACUGAAAGGGGAACGCGCAGAUGAAAAACAGGACACCAGUACAGAGAGUGGAGAUAAAAGGCUGUUGUGCAGAAAGACUGUAGAAAUGCCUGGGGAGGUUCCUGAAAGAGCUGUAUCACAGUUUCAGGAGACAAAGCCUGAACCUGCAGAGAAGAAAGAGGGCAUGCGUGAGACACAAAGGAAUGCCACCGAGAAAGGAAAGACACCUCCUAUCCCACCACCAAGAAAGAAGAGACUUUCCCAGGCACCAAGCAUCCCCAGGUCUUGCCAGCUGAAGCAAAGAGCAGUUGCAGAGCUGAACUCGGCCGCGGUGAUCGCUUCAUCCAAGGAUGUCUCAGCACCAGCAGCUGGUGGUGCCACUUGCACAAAUGCUGAGACUGAAUCAGGACAUGGCCGCAAAUCCAUCAGCUCUGCAGAACUGAAAGGUUCGCAUUCGUCCCUGGAGGGCCCAGGAGGCAGCACUGUGGCUCAGGCAUCCGCAUCCGAGCCAGACUCCUACUCCACCAGCAGCACAGAGGAUGACCUAGAGGUGCUGGCUUGUCCGUCUGGUAAAAAAACACGUUCUGUGAUCUUGGGCAAGGCCAAGAACAGGCUGUCCUUUGUGAGCCUGUCUAAUGUCUUCACAGUCUUUUUGUCUAGUGACAGAAAGCUGCAGAAGAAGAUAGUGGAGCUGGCACAGGACAAGGAUUCAUACUUUGGCAACCUGGUGCGGGACUACAGAGUGUACAGUUUAGAGAUGAUGGCAAAGCAGAGUUCCAGCACAGAGAUGCUACAAGAAAUCCGGAUGAUGAUGACUCAGCUGAAGAGUUACUUAGUGCAGAGCACUGAGUUGAAAACUCUGAUAGACCCAGCUGCCUACACCGAGGAACAGAUAGAUGUGAUUGCUGAGUCAGCUUUGUACAAAUGUGUCCUGAAACCUUUAAAAGAAGCCAUUGAUUCUUAUUUAAAAGAAAUCCACAGCAAAGAUGGAUCUUUACAGCAGCUGAAAGAGAAUCAAGUCGUGAUACAAAACACAACUACUACUGACCUAGGUGUCACGACCAGUGUGCCUGAAACUGUUGUGCUGGAAAAAAUCUUUCACAAGUUCACGACCAUGCACAAGGCCUACUCCCCGGAAAAGAAGAUUGCCAUCUUGCUGAAGUCCUGCAAACUCAUCUAUGACUCCAUGGCUCAGGGGAACCCAGGGAAGCCAUACGGUGCAGAUGACUUCCUCCCUGUGCUCAUGUAUGUGUUGGCCCGCAGCAACUUGGCUGAAGUCCUUCUGAAUGUGGAGUAUAUGAUGGAGCUCAUGGACCCUGCUUUGCAGCUAGGGGAAGGUUCUUAUUAUUUAACAACCACCUACGGGGCCCUGGAGCACAUCAAGAACUAUGACAAAAUAACCGUCACUCGGCAGCUGAGCGUGGAGGUGCAGGACUCCAUUCACCGCUGGGAGAGACGGAGGACACUGAACAAGGCCCGGGCUUCCCGCUCAUCAGUGCAGGAUUUCAUCUCUAUCUCCUUUCUGGAGAUUGGUGCUCAGUCAAGGACACUGGCCUCCCGGAACGACACCACGGCUGAGCAGCUGAGUCAGCAGUGCGCAGAGAAGUUCGACGUCUCCCAGCCCAAGGACUACAGACUCUUUGUCUAUGUUGAUGACCAGUGGCUGCAGCUGGACAAAGAUGCCCUCCCUCACCACGUCAAAGCCUCCCUGCUGAAGAGUGAGAUCAAGAAAGAUUUCCACUUUAUUUAUAAACCAAUAGACCAUAAAAAGCCACCUGUUCCUGUUGUCAGGGAGUCGGACUUUCUCUAAGGGCAGUGCUGCUCUUGUGCUGUGUAUGCUGUGGUCCUGGAAGGGCUCAGAUAGUUUUUCUCGUGUGAUCCUUUGAUAUCUCCAGAUCUCAGAAAGCCUCUGGAGCUUGGCCUUGCACGCAGGGCAGAUAUGUGUGCUAAUUGUAGAUGCUGUCUGAAUACAGGGCAUUUCUCAGCAGAAUUCAAGUUCAGAAAUUAAAGGAGCAUUCAGGAGAACAUUCAUACUUCAGAAAACUUGAAGCAUCAAACCUCAGAACCUCCCUACAGCAACCAGUCAGCUUCACAGACUGUAAGCAGACAGUGGAGAACUAAUCCACAGGUCUUGCAGAAAAGUGGACUUUUAUCCCAGAAUAAACUAUGGUAGGUGUGAAUCACCUCUGUGCACAAGGCCUGAGAAAGGUUUGCACACACUCUCAAUGCUGUUUGGAGGUAAGAAAUAGUGUUUAUGCCUUACAAUAUCUUUGUUCACCCAGUUUGAAUAAAGUGAGUCUUGGCUGAUGUAUUCAGUGACAUGGGAUUGCCACCCGUAGCAGAACUCCGUCUCUGUCUUCCUGUUCGAAACAUGUAAUUGCCUUUGAAAUCUGCCUAAUUACAGACCAUGCAAGCUGAUCCUGUACAUCCUGUACAUUUUCUGCCAUCUGUUUGUCACUGAAAUCAAGUAGCAUAGGCACUUUCACCUGUGUAUUUCUCUUCUAAAAGAUUGAAAAUCUUCACCAUCAAUUUUACAUGUACAGUAGUUUUAAUCAAAUCUGUUGUAUGAUUGUUUGGUUAAUUGUAUAUUUAUUUCCAUGUUUGAUAUGGUGAAAUUGUUUUAAAAUAACUGUUUGUGAAGAACUUAAUAAUUUGUCCAUUGUAGCAACCUCAGUUCAAAUUUGAAGGUCAAAAGGGCUAGAAUUAAACACCCUUCUCUUUUUAACCAUA